CCGUUCUCGGAACCAUACGAUAUCUUCUUGAAGCAUGGGUCUGCUAGAUGGAUCAUGCAUGGCAUUACGGCGGCUUGCGGUAGUGGCUUUCUUUUGUUCGGGUUUGACCAGGGUAUCCUCGGCGGUCUUUUAACAGGCGCACCUUUCGAGGCUCAAUUUCCCGUUCUCACGACAAACGCGAAUCUACAGGGUGCUACAGUCGCCAUCUACGAGAUCGGAUGCGCUACUGGUGCUCUUGCCACAUUCUUCUGGGGCGAGCACCUCGGUCGGAGGAGAGGUAUCAUGUUCGGCAUGAUUAUCCUCGCUAUCGGCGCCAUUCUUCAGUUCAUGUCGUACGGUCUCGCGCAGCUCAUUGUAGGCAGAGUCGUCACUGGUAUCGGUAAUGGUAUGACGACGAGUGCCAUCCCUGUGUGGCAGUCGGAGACAAGUCGGUCUCAUCAUCGUGGACGGGACGUCUGCAUCGAACUCGGUGUCAAUAUCUUCGGUGUCAUGCUCGCGUAUUGGGUUGACUUCGGUCUGCGAAACUACACGACCGGGUGGCAGUGGCGUUUCCCACUGUCACUGCAAGUCUUGUUCGCGGUAUUUACCCUCGUCCUGGUGUGCUUCCUCCCCGAGAGUCCUCGCUGGCUUGCGAGCCAGGAUCGUCCCGAAGAAGCUCGUCAUAUCAUUUGGUUGCUCGAACACUCUGAAAUCCCAGAGAAGCGUGAGAAGGCCGCUGAUGUCGAGCUCGAAUUAAUCAUGGAAGCCCUGCGUGUUGAGCGAGCUGCAGGGACCAGUUCUUUCAGGGAUUGCUUUAGGAAUGGUGACCAGCGUUUCUUACAUCGUGUCCUUCUUGGAUGUGGAUCACAGAUGAUGCAGCAGGUCAGCGGUAUCAACUUGAUUACCUACUACGCUCCUGUCAUCUUCCAAAACUCUGUCGGCCUCUCGCGUGAUAUGUCACUCUUGCUCGCUGGCUUCAACGGCCUUGCAUAUUUCUUCUCCUCUCUCGUUCCCAUUCCACUCAUCGAGCGCCUCGGUCGGCGCAAACUUAUGCUCUUCGGUGCUGUUGGCCAAUGUAUUUGUAUGAUUCUGCUCGCUGCUAUGACACAGGACCAGGGCAAUACGGCGAAGGGAAUUGUGGCGACCGUUUGCUUGUUCAUGUUCAAUUUCUUCUUCGCGGUUGGCUGGUUGGCCAUCCCAUGGCUCUACCCCGCAGAGAUUGCCCCGUUGCAGAUUCGUUCGAAGGCAGCUGCCUUGGCUACAAUGACGAAUUGGCUCUUCACGUUCUUGGUCGUCAUGAUCACGCCUACUGCGAUUAGUAGUAUUGGGUAUAAGACUUACGUCGUCUGGGCGUGCACGAACUUCGCUUUCAUCUUUAUCACAUAUUUCUUCUACGUCGAGACGACAGGACAGACACUCGAGGAUAUUGAUCUUCUCUUCGAAGGCGCUAAAACCAUCUUUCUCGGUCCCUCCUCUGCCAAACGGGCCUCCGAAAUCAGGAGACACCGCGAGCAGCAGCUCAAGGCAGCCCUCGGCACUGGCUAUCCGGGAGAGAAGGGUGGCUCAUCAACGCCGGAAGAUAUGUCGAUGAAGCCGAGUGCGGAGGUCGAGCAUCGAGAGUCGUUGUGAGCUUCGAUAGCCUUUAGCUUUAGGAGCGCUUCGAGAGGUUGGACCUUACACCAUUUUUUCUCUACUACUCUGGAUUGUUUGAUUAUGAGGAUGGGCUGUGAUGAUAGCUGAUACUUGACCUUACGAUGAAUGUUGUGCUGAUCUGCUCCGUAUGUUUUUUGGAUGAUCUCCUCCAGGUGGCCGUGGAUGGAGGGCUGCUUUAACUUGUACUUAUUUACCGUCUUACGAUUACAUUGCUAUGAAUGCUAUCCUGCAGAAUCUACCUUCUUGAUC